GCGUCAUCCUUCUCUAAUGUAGAGCGGCACAGUGGCCUUUCAUUGCUGCUCUGCCUCAGCUUUUCUCUUCCACACCUUUGAAAUCAAACAGUUUAAUUAUGACCGUUAAGAUGCAUAUACUUGCCGUUUGCCUGCUUUUCUUAGCUGCAGUGAGCUCCGGGGUUUCAGCGGACGGUUUGGUUAAUGAGGAUGUUAAGAGAACAGUCGAUCUGAGCUCUCACCUGGCCAAAAUCACCGCGGAUAUUGUGUUGGCCAACAAGGGGCAUUCCGGUGUCCAGAGCUUCAUACUUGCUGUCGAGGAGGACCUGGCCCCGCACCUAGCUUACAUCGGAGCAUCGGUUAAGGGUGAUGAAGAGGAAGAUGAUGGCAUGCUUGAACUGCAACAGACAACAAUUAAAGGCCAAAGCGGGGACUUUUACAAAGUACAGCUGCAUUCCACACUGGCAGCUGGUGCUCAGCUGAAAGUCAAGGUGGAGAUGACGUUCAGCCACGUCCUGAAGCCUUUCCCAUCUCAAAUCACCCAGGCUGAGCGUCAGCUGGUGGUGUUUCAGGGAAACCACUACCUGUUCUCUCCGUACCCCACCCGCAGCCAGACCACGCGUGUCCGUCUGGCUUCUAAAACUGUGGAGAGCUAUACCAAGCUGGGCGGCCCCAGCAAGAACGAUGAAGUCAUUGAGUACGGACCGUUCCGUGAUGUGGCUCCAUUCAACGAGGACACAAUGAAAAUCCAUUAUGAGAACAACACACCGUUCCUCACCAUCAGCAGCAUCACCCGCAUCAUUGAGGUGUCUCACUGGGGCAACAUUGCUGUGGAAGAGACUAUUGAUCUGAGGCACACAGGAGCCAUCCUGAAGGGACCGUUCUCACGCUAUGAUUACCAGCGUCAGUCAGACAGUGGCAUCUCCUCUGUCAAAUCCUUUAAGACCAUCCUCCCAGCCUCAGCCCAGGAUGUCUAUUACAGAGAUGAGAUUGGGAAUAUCUCAACCUCACACCUGCAGGUUCUGGAAGACUCCGUGGAGGUGGAAGUCAGGCCUCGCUUUCCCUUGUUUGGAGGCUGGAAAACUCACUACAUCAUUGGCUACAACCUGCCAAGCUAUGAGUACCUUUACACCCUUGGUGACCAAUACGCUCUUAAAAUGCGGCUGGUUGACCAUGUUUAUGAUGACCAGGUAAUCGACUCCAUGACUGUGAAAAUCAUUCUACCAGAAGGAGCCAGAAACAUCAACAUGGAGACGCCAUACAAAAUCGAUCGCAUGCCAAACCAGCUGCACUACACGUAUUUGGAUACGUUUGGCCGGCCUGUACUGGUUGCCACCAAGAACAACCUGGUGGAGCAGCACAUUCAGGAUGUUGUGGUUCAUUACAACUUCAAUAAGAUCCUGAUGCUGCAGGAGCCACUGUUGGUCGUCGGGGCCUUUUACAUUCUUUUCUUUACUGUUAUCAUCUACGUUCGUCUGGACUUUGCCAUUACAAAGGACCCUGCUGCUGAGGUUCGUAUGAAGGUGGCAUCUAUCACUGAGCAGGUCUUGACGCUGGUCAACAAACGUCUGGGUCUGUACCGACACAUGGACGAGGUGGUGAACCGCUACAAGCAGUCCAGAGACACGGGAGCGCUCAAUAGUGGCCGGAAGACACUAGAGGCCGAUCACCGCACUCUGAGCAAUGAGAUUAGCUCCCUGCAGGCUCGCCUCAAAGCUGAGGGCUCUGACUUGGCUGAGAAGGUUGGGGAGGUGCAGAAGCUGGAUGGCCAGGUGAAGGAACUGGUGUGUCGCUCCUGUCAGGAGGCAGAGCGACUGGUGGCCGGAAAGGUCAAAAAGGAAGCGUACAUCGAGAACGAGAAGAACCUGACCGGCAAGAGGCAGGAGCUCGUGGGCCGCAUUGACAGUCUGCUGGACGCCCUCUAAAACACAAACCUGCAAAAUCCAACUGUUAAGUGUUUAUAAAAGUAAAACAAAUGUGACAAACAUGCCUAAACAUUUUCUACCACCAUAAGACCCAGACUGGGAGUGUUUGACACCACGUUCUCUGCUAGGGAUGGGUUUAGCCACAUUCUGUGUCCCUUUGUCGCUAAAUGUCCAACAGCUUUAUCCCAAAUGUCUGCUUUGCUUCUGUUUAUUCUGUUUUGUCCCACUGUUCUGGCUGACGGAUCAUGUUUUGUUCAAAUCUGGACGUUUUUGUACUUGAGGUGUUAAGGGAGUUUUUUUUUUUUUAAUGAGUCACUGACGCCCCGACGUGUUAUCUUUCUCAUGUCUUUACUCAUUUAGGCCAUAUUCUAAGAGGAGUGUCUUUCACAAUCCUGACCCUUGCACUUAUCUCUUUGUUUAUUUACUCUGCCCAGUCUGAAGUUUGUUUAGGAAAACUAAAGCUCUGAUUUGUGUGUCAUCCUAAAUGCACAUAUUUUUUCAUGUUUCACCAACAAUGUUUUUAGUUUUUGUGUGUUUUUCUUUUUCCCAUGAGAUUAGUGAAUACAUGAGAUUAGGCUGAAGGUGAGAAAAGACAUGAGAAAUGGUAAACAGAUGAUAAAGAUUGGCAGUGAUGUGGAAAGCUGUUAGUAUUUGAAAUAAAAAUUUGAGAAACUCA